AUUCGAGUCUAUGUUGUGUACCGCCGUUCACAUGGCAACAGAUACUCUUUCGCAAGAUGGCAUAGGUUCCUCGAAAGUGUACGCGUGCGUUUUUCAUGCCGAAAUACAGAGAUUCGGAAUACACGAGGCGCGAAAAAUUUGUACGUCGCUGUAGCUCAUCAUGAAUUUUGUCGAAACGAAGAGUACGAUUAAUCUCAAGAUUCGGUAACGAUGCUGUUAACCAUAUGAUCGAUGUGUCGAACUGUCAUCGAAGAUGGCAGGCAGGGCUUUCCGCAUUAAAGUACAGCUAGACGUACACGCGGUGACGUGCCCUGGAGUUUGGCUGUGUCCCAAUGGCAAGGUGGCCCUGCAAAUCGACGCUCUCGACUCCUGCGUGGAAUCCCGCAAAAUAAACCCGAUUUUCCCGCUGCUGUUCCACGACAGGUUUACAUUCAGCAAGAUCUUCGUUCAAACAGCCUCUCUGGCGGAUCUGCAGCGCAUUUUGGAGCGAGAGUUUCUGUUCGCGGAGCUGAUACAGUGGACGACCUCGACUCAUCGUCGUGGCAUCACUCUGGCUACGUUUGAGAUAAAUCUGUCAGACUUGCUGUACCCUGCGUCGUGUUUUAAGGGUCUAUUGGCCGGAGUAGAUGUAGAUCUGUUGAUGGAACCGACUAAAUGCUUUCCUGGUAUCAUAGCACCCAAAAUCGAGGUUUCCACCAAAACGAUUGUCGAGGAAGUGUCGGGCUCUUAUGACACAAGUAUGAGCAAAUGUUAUGUCAUCAAUCCAAAAAUGAUUAACUCUAAGCAAACGACGUGCGGGCAGAGAAAGAGGCCGGUCAAGGGUAUCAUCAGGCAACGAAGAGUCUGCCACACCAAGCCGAGAUCCCAAAGCUGCAGACCAUAUCGUCAGAGAUCCAGCAGUGUCGGCGAGUCUCCUCAUUGUGAUACCACGAGCCAAUGCAUCGAUCAAUGUUAUCACUCAGUAAGGAAGGAUCCUCGACCAUGUGUUCGAAGACAAGCUGAAGCUGACAUCGUACGCGACGAUGAUAUUCAUGUUACAGACAAUUGUCCAGUUUGUUUGAAAUACAAUUGUUACUUUUCUAAAUGCGACGACGAUUCGGACGUAGCCAAAAGAUGUAGCGACAUCAAACGCCAAUGUCACAGACGUUUAUUAGAUACCGGAGAAUGCUGCUGUGUUUGUAGAUCGUCCGACGAGCGAGAAAGAGCGAGGGUGUCAUUAUUACAAGCGAAAAUUAGAAAUCUGCAGAAAGCUCGAGAAAAAAUGUGCGUCACUGAACCUAUGAUUCAGCUAGACAUCGAAGAAAGCGAUCCAAGUGUAUGCGAGUAUAGUCGGGAUCACUCCCGAGGCUACGAGUUUUACAAGGAUCUAGAAAAAUUUUAUAAAAGAAUGUACAAGCAGGCGAAAUUACGAGCGCAGGAGGUCGACUGUUGAAAUUGUUGUCGUUUAAAUUUUUUCUACAAAUUUUUGUAUUAUACACUUUUUUAAAACAUUGUCUAUCGUCAACGUUUUAUAUACACGAUGUUCGACGAAAGAAUCUCGCCGGGAGAAGACUAGUUGUGAUUAAUUAAAAUAAUUAACUGAUGUAAGCUGUGUGUAUAAGUUGGUAAAGUGUUCAAAUGUGAUUCACAUUUUUUUCCAAGAUGUAAUAGAGAUACAAUACACACUGUGUUCUCUUUAUCGAAGUAUCAGUUAUCAUGUGAAAAAAGUGAAAAAGAUGCGAGGAAUUUGAAAUAUAUAUGUAUGUACAAAAUAAGCUAUAAAAACUAUUCCUUUUCCUUCAUGGUUUGUACGCUUGACGUCCGUCUCUG